AUGAAUGAUAGAGAGAGCCAGGUGCUAAGGUCUGCGAUUGAGAGCAUGGACAGCUUACUUGAUGAAAUUGAGUAUGUGGCAAACUUUACGUGCGUAUAUCAUUAUGGCGGGGAUAAGUGGCUUAAGAUGAAUGUUGAGGGGACAUUUGUGAUGUAUAGAAGAAAGAAUAUGCCAUUGAUUGUUAUAAGAGUGCUAAACAGAAAAAGCUUGGAUGACUUUGUGUUUGAGUUGAGUGAAGAAACCAAGCUGGGGAUGGGGGAAAGUUUGAUGACGCUGAGUAAUGGAGAAGGAGGGAUAUAUGGGCUUUGGUUUAAGAGCAGUGAGUAUCCGAAGGAAAUCAUGAAUCACUUGAAGAAAGAGCAAUUUAUAGUCGAGCAUAAUCCAGUAGAUAAGAGUGAUUUGCAUGAAUGA